GCAAUGCUUUCUGUUUCUAUCUGACUGACUCCUUGGCCCCCACCUCCCAGGUCCUACCACCAGCGACAUGGAGCCGCCUCCGCCGCCGCCGGCGGCGGCGCUGAUGGAUGUGGAGGAGCUCGUCGAACGAGCCCGCGUGCCGUGUUGGACAAUUGCAUCUACCUAUGGUCGCGACAAGCUGAAGCUGGUGCUAAUGGCAUCCGGGGGUGGGCACAACAUAUGGUUAUCGAGCUCGAGACCCUGCUCCCCAGACCUGGCCGAUUGUACCCAUGUAGAGCAGAGAUAUAUCGCCAAGCAUGAAAUGGACAUUCACCGAUUGAAGAACGGCAAGGAGAAAACCCGGAAAGAAAGACUAAUUGAAAUAAGCCUUAAUUUUUGUUCACCCAAUCCAUGUGGUAGAGUCUCCUCUCCAAGUCCCAAACCCGACGCCCAGCGGAGAGCAAGCAUGGCUACGCCUCCGCCGCAACCGCAACGACGCCGCCGCCCACCGGUGAUGAUCGACGACCUCAUUCCCGAGAUCCUCCUCCGCCUCACGCCGGACGAGCCCAAGCUCCUCUUCCGCUUCUCGGCCGUCUGCAGGUCCUGGCGUGACAUCCUCGCCAACCCCUCCUUCCUCCGCGCGUUCCACGGGACGCCCGCCAUGCUUGGCUUCCUCUUCAACCAAGACGACACCGACAUCGCGCGUUUCGUCCCCACCUCCUGCUUCCGCCCGCGCACCCCCGACCACCACGACUGGUACGCGCUCGACGCCCGCCACGGCCGCGUCCUCUUCCACACCCUCCUCUCCGAGCGCGACCCCAUGGAACUCACCCUUCUCUCUGAGCGCGACCCCAUGGAACUCGUCGUCUGGAACCCCAUCACGGGCGAGCAACGGGGGCUGCUCCUCCCGUCGUUCGAGUACACGGAUUGGGACGCCGCGGUGCUCUGCGCCGCGCGCGGCUGCGACCACCUCGACUGCCACGGUGGCCCCUUCCUCGUGGCCUUCGUCGGCACCACCUCGGACGGGUUCAUGUCCUCCUGCGUCUACUCGUCGGAGGCCGCCGCCUGGAGCGACACGACCUCCGUUGAGAACUCCGACGAUGUCAUCGUCGACAUGAUGCCCGCCGCCCUCGUGGGGAACACGCUCUACUUCAACUCUCAACAGAGCCGAGGGAGAAUCGUGGAGUACGACUUUGGCGCGCCGCGACUAUCGUUCAUCAACCCGCCGUCGUUCAGGUACCUCCUCGGCACUGUCCUAAGUCCGUACCUCGGCGGCACUGUCCUCAUGCCCUCGGAGGGCGGCGGGCUGGGGUUCGCCUGCAUGCACAGAUCCUGGCUCCACCUGUGGGCAAGGGAGGCCGGCCCCAACGGAACCGCGGCAUGGGCGCAACAAGGAUACAUUGAGCUCAGGACACUGCUCCCAGAGCAUGCCCUCCGGCGCGCUGAUGCGGUCGGCUUCGCGGAGGGUCUCGGUGUCAUUUUCGUCAGUACAGAUUGUUAUGAACAGACACCCUUUUAG